AUGUCUAUGCUAGACGCAAGAGUGACCAUAGGGUACAUUGCUCCUGAAGUGUUUUACAAAAGAUUUGGAGGAGUUUCUCAUAAGUCGGACGUGUAUAGUUAUGGAAUGGUGGUUCUUGAGAUUAUCGGAGCAAAGAAGAGAGAAAGACCUGAAACAUCUAGCUCGAACAACAGCUCAAUGUAUUUCCCGGAUUGGAUAUAUAAAGAUCUUGAGAACGAAGAAACCAUGAGACUUUUCGGAGAUGAGUUGACCGAAGAAGAAGAAAAGAUAGUGAGGAAAAUGGUAUUGGUGGGUUUGUGGUGUAUUCAAACAAAUCCAUCUGGUCGGCCAUCAAUGAGCAAAGUCGUUGAAAUGUUAGAAGGAAGUCUAGAGGCUUUGCAUGUUCCACCUAAGCCUCUCUUUGGUUUACCAGUGGUAACUAUUUCAGAAUCGUUUGAAGAGAGUACUCAAGAGUCCUCAAGCUUCUCGACCCUAAACCAAUUAGAGAGAGGUACACUAAGCCAAGAUGCCCUAAGCUUUUCCAAAGAAGCGGUUCGAGAUAUUGUACAAGACAGUCAAGAUCGUUUGAAAUCUAUCUAA